GAUGCCAAAUGUCAAUUGUUUCAAGGACGAGGUACUUCGUCCCUGCUGUAACAAAGAUUGAGUUUACGAGGGCUUUUACCCUGUAAUCAACUGAACAGCCCCCGUAAAUUCAACUUUUAUUCGCCUGGGAGGAAGUAUGAUCUUCAAUUCAACGGUAUGGCUAAGAGUUCUUGGGUAUGCUUAGUCCGAACCUCUAUACCGAGAUUAAACAGUUCUCCAAGAAACGUUCCGCAGCUCAACAUACCUAUACAAGCAGCAUAACCACCUCUUACAACGUCCCAUACCUUCUAGCAACCAUCAUCUUCAAUACAACCUCUAAUAUUCUAUUCUUACCACAUUUUCUAAAACCAAAAUUCGAAAACAUUUCAAUAUGAAGUUCUCUGCCGUCUUCCUCGUUUCUGCCCUCUUCUCCCUCAGCCUGGCUGCUGAGCUCUCCAGCAACAACUCUCCAGCACCCGCAAGACUUGCCCGCCGAAAGGGUGACGAGCGAUGCUUCGGAAACUCCAUCUGCACGGGUCCUGGUUCUCCUAAGGAGUGCCCCGGUGUAAGUACCUCUUCUUCCUGGGCGAAUAUCUCUAUCUAUACCAAAGGUUUCUCGCUGACCAAGGCAAUGCAAUUAUAUAGUGCUGUGAUCCCGAUGUUUUCAACUGCAAAACCGGAGAGGUUCUAUAGAGUGAGCGGGGUUGGUUGGGUUGGUCUUGUGGGUCGUGCUAGCCACGCAUUUUAGAUCAGAAUAAUAAAAUCUAUUACCGUUUAUCACACAA